AUGAACCAACCAGACGACAACGACAUGGCGCUUAGAUUCAGCCAAAUGUACAGCUACUCACAAGCCGGGCUCGACGCAACAACAGACGCACUCACAGCAUCCAGCCAAACACUCAGCGUCCCGUCACAUUUUACCUACACCACCAGCCCGACAUCCAGCGACUCGUCCUACCUGGCGGGAAUGCUCGAGACCAGCAGUCGAGCAUCAGGCGGUUCACCGCUUCUCUCCUUGAGCAGCGCUGGUGAUACGUCUCCGUUGGCUGCAUUCGGUGGACUUUCGCACCCCGGACCACUGUUCCGUAGUACGAGCCUCAGUGGAAGCAACUUUGGCGACUACUUGGACGUCGGCGAUGCGGCAACAGUUGCAGGAUCCGCACAACCGAGCCCAAGCACAAGCCCGGGUGGACACGAUUUCUCCGGAUUCAGUGGCCUGCUGUGGCCAAGCUCCGAUGGCAGCGCUGCCAAUGACGGGAUAUAUGGCAGCUACCACAGUAGCAGCGGUAUGGGCUUUUUCGACGAUAUUUCACCCCAUACAGACCGCAGUCAAUACACGCCACCUCAGAGUUCGUGGUUGUCUGGCGGCCCGAGCAGUGCUGACGGCGAUAGUCACACCACGAGGUAA